CACACACACUCUGCUUGCCCAGUCCCGGGGCCCAGCACGGUCCCAAGGCCGAGCUACUGCACAGUCCUCUGAAGAAGAGUGUCCCGGGGUCUGGCAUGAGGACCGUGGGGAGGGGCUGCAGCCAGGUUCUGUGGUCAGGGCGGACAGAAUGACUGAGAACAUGAAGGAGUGCUUGGCCCACACCAAGGCGGCUGUAGGGGACAUGGUGACAGUAGUGAAGACAGAGGUCUGCUCACCACUCCGGGACCAGGAGUAUGGCCAGCCCUGCUCUCGGAGACUGGAGCCAUCUUCCAUGGAAGUUGAACCUAAGAAACUAAAGGGAAAACGUGACCUCAUCGUGACCAAAAGCUUCCAGCAAGUGGACUUCUGGUUCUGCGAGUCCUGCCAAGAGUACUUUGUGGAUGAAUGUCCGACCCAUGGUCCCCCCGUGUUUGUGUCUGACACACCAGUGCCUGUGGGCAUCCCAGAUCGGGCGGCCCUCACCAUUCCACAGGGCAUGGAGGUGGUAAAGGAAGUUGGUGGAGAGAGCGAUGUGCGGUGUAUAAAUGAAGUCGUCCCCAAGGGUCACAUCUUUGGCCCCUAUGAGGGGCAGAUCUCUACCCAGGACAAGUCAGCUGGCUUCUUCUCAUGGCUGAUUGUGGACAAGAACAACCGCUACAAGUCCAUAGAUGGGUCAGAUGAGACCAAGGCCAACUGGAUGAGGUACGUGGUCAUUUCCCGGGAGGAGAGGGAGCAGAACCUCCUGGCCUUCCAGCACAGCGAGCGCAUCUACUUCCGGGCAUGCCGAGACAUCCGGCCAGGAGAGCGGCUGCGGGUCUGGUACAGCGAGGACUACAUGAAGCGUCUGCACAGCAUGUCCCAGGAAACCAUCCACCGCAACCUGGCCCGGGGAGAGAAGAGAUUGCAGAGAGAGAAGGCUGAGCAAGCCCUGGAUAACCCAGAAGACCUAAGGGGUCCCUCCCAUUUCCCUGUGUUGAAGCAGGGCAGAAGUCCUUACAAGCGCAGCUUUGAUGAGGGGGACCUCCACCCUCAGGCCAAGAAGAAGAAAAUAGACCUCAUCUUCAAGGACGUCCUGGAAGCCUCACUGGAGUCUGCUAACGCGGAAGGCCGCCAGCUGGCCCUGAGCACCUCCCUGGUCAUCCGGAAAGUCCCCAAGUACCAGGACGAUGACUAUGGUAGAGCUGCCCUGACACAAGGCAUCUGCAGGACCCCAGGGGAAGGGGACUGGAAGGUCCCUCAAAAGGUGGCCAAGGAGCUAGGCCCACUGGAAGAUGAAGAGGAGGAGCAUACGUCGUUCAAGGCCGACAGCCCCGCUGAGGCCUCUCUGGCAUCUGACCCCCACGAGCUGCCCACCACCUCCUUUUGCCCUAACUGCAUCCGACUGAAAAAGAAAGUGCGGGAAUUGCAGGCGGAGCUAGAUAUGCUUAAGUCUGGAAAGGUGCCUGAGCCUCCCAUUCUGCCACAGCAGGUACUGGAGCUCCCAGAGUUCUCAGAUCCUGCAGCUUCAGAGAGUAUGGUCUCCUGCCCAGCCAUCAUGGAGGACGACGACCAGGAAGUGGAUUCUGCAGACGAAUCUGUCUCCAAUGACGUGAUGACGGCAACCGACGAACCCUCCAAGUUGUCCUCUGCCACGGGACGCCGCAUCCGGCGCUUCAAGCAGGAGUGGCUGAAGAAGUUCUGGUUCCUAAGGUACUCCCCGACCCUCAACGAGAUGUGGUGCCAUGUGUGCCGCCAGUACACGGUGCAGUCCUCACGCACGUCCGCCUUCAUCAUCGGCUCCAAGCAGUUCAAGAUCCACACCAUCAAACUGCACAGUCAGAGUAACCUGCACAAGAAGUGCCUGCAGCUGUACAAGCUGCGCAUGCACCCGGAGAAGACAGAGGAGAUGUGCCGCAACAUGACCCUGCUCUUCAACACUGCCUACCACCUGGCACUGGAGGGAAGGCCCUACCUCGACUUCCGGCCACUGGCAGAGCUGCUGCGUAAGUGCGAGCUCAAGGUGGUGGACCAGUAUAUGAAUGAGGGGGACUGCCAGAUCCUCAUCCACCACAUCGCCCGGGCACUGCGAGAGGACCUGGUGGAGCGCAUCCGUCAGUCACCCUGCCUCAGCAUCAUCCUGGAUGGGCAGAGUGACGACCUCCUGGCUGACACGGUGGCCGUCUAUGUGCAGUAUACCAGCAGCGAUGGGCCCCCGGCCACAGAAUUCCUAUCCUUGCAGGAGCUAGGCUUCUCCAGCACAGAAAGCUAUCUCCAGGCUCUUGACCGGGCCUUUGCUGCUCUGGGCAUCCGCUUACAGGAUGAGAAGCCAACUGUGGGCCUGGGAGUCGAUGGGGCCAACAUCACCGCCAGCUUGCGUGCCAGCAUGUUCAUGACCAUCCGCAAGACGCUGCCAUGGCUGCUGUGCUUGCCCUUCAUGGUGCACCGGCCACACCUGGAGAUCCUGGAUGCCAUCAGUGGGAAGGAACUGCCCUGUCUAGAGGAGCUGGAGAACAACCUGAAGCAGCUCCUCAGCUUCUACCGCUACUCACCACGCCUCAUGUGUGAGCUGCGCUCCACGGCCUCUACCCUGUGCGAGGAGACUGAAUUCCUGGGAGACAUCCGUGCCGUGAGGUGGAUCAUCGGUGAGCAGAAUGUCUUGAAUGCCCUUAUCAAGGAUUACCUGGAAGUGGUGGCCCACCUGAAGGAUGUCAGCAGCCAGACACAGCGGGCAGACGCUUCCGCCAUAGCCCUGGCCCUGUUGCAGUUCCUCAUGGACUACCAGUCCAUCAAGCUCAUCUACUUCCUGCUGGAUGUGAUUGCCGUGCUGUCACGCCUGGCCUACAUCUUCCAGGGAGAGUACCUACUGGUGUCACAGGUGGAUGACAAGAUCGAGGAGGCAAUCCAGGAGAUCAGUCGGCUUGCAGACUCCCCGGGAGAGUACCUGCAGGAAUUUGAGGAGAAUUUCCGAGAGAGCUUCAAUGGGAUCGCUGUGAAGAACCUCAGGGUGGCAGAGGCCAAGUUUCAGUCUAUCAGGGAGAAGAUCUGCCAGAAGACACAGGUCAUUCUGGCUCAGAGGUUCGACUCCCGAAGCCGGGUCUUUGUGAAGGCCUGCCAAGUGUUCGACUUAGCCGCCUGGCCCAGGAACAAUGAGGAGCUUCUGAGCUUCGGCAAGGAAGAUAUGGUUCAGAUCUUUGACCACUUGGAAGCCAUUCCUGCCUUCUCCCGGGAUGUGUGCCGUGAAGGGAUGGACCCCCGGGGGAGCCUGCUGAUGGAGUGGAGAGACCUCAAGGCUGAUUACUACACCAAAAAUGGCUUCAAAGACCUCAUAAGCCACAUCUGCAAGUACAAGCAGAGGUUUCCGCUCUUGAACAAGAUCAUUCAGGUCCUUAAAGUUCUCCCCACCUCCACUGCCUGCUGUGAGAAAGGCCGAAGUGCCCUCCAGCGGGUCCGCAAAAACCACCGCUCACGCCUGACCCUGGAGCAGCUCAGUGACCUGUUGACGAUUGCUGUGAACGGACCACCCAUCGCCAGCUUUGAUGCCAAGCGAGCCCUGGACAGCUGGUUUGAGGAGAAGUCUGGCAACAGCUACACACUUUCAGCCGAGGUCCUCAGUAGGAUGUCUGCCUUGGAGCAGAAGCCCAUGCUGCAGGCUGUGGACCAUGGCUCUGAAUUCUACCCAGACAUGUAGGGGGGCUGCGCUCCAGAGGCCACAAAGACGGUGAAUAUUUUUUUAAUCUAUACUCAUAAGCUUUGAUAUAUUAUAUAAAUAUAUAUUAUAUUAUAUUAUAUAUAUAUAAACCCACACUGAAAUUUUUUUAAAAACUAAGUUAAUUAUGUCCACCAGAAGCCACUGGCAGCUUUCAGAAAGGAGCAGUGUUGGCAACUGACUUUUGUCUCCGCACUUGGCAGCUGCAGCCUACACGGCAACCCAUCUUCACUCACACAAGCGUGUUACGGGGCCACACGUGUUCCCACCCAACAGUCAAAGCGGCAUAAGCUAAAUGACGGUUCUCUUGUCACUUGUAGGUGACUUGUUCUGUUUCUGUUCUCAUGUAUUGGUUGAGGUCUGGGGGUUGGGUGCUUGGCUUCUCCUUUUAGGUAUGGUUUUAUGACUGGGGGCCUCCGUGGUCUCCACAUUGGCAUUCUGGUCUAGAUACACUACAUCGGGGUUUUCAUGGGGAUGAAUUGGAUUUCUGGACUGGACUAUCAGGUCUUUCUCCCCUCGCCUGACUUUAGCUUGGGAGACCUUUCGUUUUUCAUUUCCUGAUUGAUCCCUUCCCUCGUCCCUCGUCCCACGUCAAAUGCAUCUCCCUCAACUGUGAGCCCACUCGCUCCCCCAUGUCACCUCUCCCAGCCCCAUGUCAGUUCCUUUCUUCCGGCCUCUGGAGUUUAAAGGUAUGAGCUGUUACACUGAAUGCAAUUGUUUUUUCACAUUUGAGCUUGAAAUCUUGGGAGGGGACGGAAAGGUAAACUUUAUGCCUCCCCCUCCUUUCCAGCCACUGGGGGAUAAAGUAUAUACGUCCAUUUAGAUCUUGGGCUGUUGGGGAGACAAUGAGCCAAGUGAUCUAAACUCCAACAGGACCACAUUUUAUUUAUUUUUUUUUUGGCUAAAACCAGGUAAAAUGAAAAGUGUAUAUUCAAUUUUCACAUUUUUUUUGUCUUUAUAAUUAAGGAAUGUGUUGCGGGGUUUGUGUUUCUUCUCGUAAUCAAGGAGUAGCUGUUUUGUAGUUCAAGGGCGGAAUCUAUCAAUGCAAGUCGUGCCCUGGGCUACAGAGAACUCAGAGAGUGCCUAGAGAGGUUGUUCCUUUGCAAAAGGCUGACGACCUGCUCCUCAGCCUGGCAGGGAAGUCACAGGACACCAGGCAGGGUUCUCUGCCUCUGAACUCUUCCUAUUUUGAAUAGAGUUGAGAUGUCCUAUAGAAAAGGAGAAAACAGAAGGUGAGGCGGGGUUCUCAAGGUACAAGCAUGUAUACAUACUUACACACACAUACAUAUACACACGCACACAUACACACAUACACACACACACAUAUAUUUCAACUACAUAUAAGCUUUAGAAAUGCCUCUUGCCUCCCCCCAUGGGGUGGGGGCAGACAGUGGUUUAAACAAGAGGAGCCUGACCAAUGUUCAUUUACCUACCAGUAUACCUCGCGAAGAGUUUUCAGAAAUGUGCAUGAGCUGUUUAAAACCUUCUCUGCAGUUUCCACAUCCGACCUCUGCAGUCAGUGCAGAUCCCAGAAUGUGGAUACAGGGUUGUCUUUGGGGAAGGGAGGAAGAUCUGAAGGACCUGCCCGUGGUCAGUUCUGCAGAGAACUGUCCCUCUCCUUCAGUGGGGCACUGGGGAUCCAACCCCAUGCCCUCAACCUACCUGGCUGGGUCUAUAAGUAUGUGGUAGCUUUCUUCCUUCUGGGUUCGUCUCACCUCUGAGGCCUCACGGAAAUGUCAUUAACACUGAACAUGUUGCUACCCUUUCCUGGUUCUGCAGUCUGCCCGUCCUCCCUCAGAUCCUCCCUUUGCCUCCAUGGUCUUGGUGCUAAGAUAACUUUAGAAUCAUUGCUGCUAGCCAAUAGCUUUUCAUGAUAUAAAUAUUAUAUAUAUAUUAUAUUAUUUUUGAAAUGUUUUUGUUUUCAACAGUGAUGUAGCAUGUUAAAACAAACAAAACUGAAGAAACUAAAACCUGGGUCUUUCCAACUGUCCCACUGCCAGGCCUCUUAUGCUGCCUUCUUCAACAAGUUGAUACACCCCCGCCUGGUGACUUCCACCCCUCAUCUCACUCUGGUCCCCACCUCUGAGCAGGGAGAGUUAGCAGGAACUAAAUAGGAAAAUGCAAAGCCCCUUUCAGAGGCCUGGGAAUCCCCAGCCUCAGUCCCCUUGCCCACCCACGCUGAGCUUGUGUCUCUCUCCAGCUGCCCCUCCUACCCUGGGCCAAGCCUAGCUGGAGCCACACGGGCUGCUGUUGUGAAGCACAAGGUCUCCACUUGCCUGCCUAUCUCCUCCCCGGGACCCUGUCUCCUUACAGAUGCAGGCUUUGGUCUGGGACAUUUUCAUUGAAAAUCUAAUGGGCCAAGGUUGGUUCAGAGUAUUGAUGGCUGGCAAGGCGGGUCUCCCAUGGGCAGCCUGCAGGCAUCAACAGUGGCCUGGGUCUUUCCUUCUUGCCAAUGGUUGCCUUACACCUCUCCUUCCCAGUGCAUGGGGCUUCCUCACCCAGGAAGGGACCUCUCCCAGAUGGCCCUAAGCCAGACAUGUGAAACCAGGACUGACCAUUCCCUCCCAAGGGGCUGUAGCUGGGUGAGCUCAAGUCUCAGGCAAGGAGACAGGUUGUGCCAGGCCAAGCCAGUGUUACCCGGGUCUCCUCAAGAUACCCAGGAGCAGUGGCCCUGCCUUGUGACCUAGAAGAAUGAGCUGUUCUGGCAGCAUCACGUGACUGCAGAGUCACCCAUUCACUGGUCCUCUGCCUCUCCAACCCCACUUCUGCCCUCUGCUGCAAUGGCCUCUGCCUCAGAGCCACUGAAAAGCUGAGCUCUCCUGUUGUCUUACAUUUGGUCUCUGAAACUCUGGGUGCUGGGGACUCUGGAUGCAGACAAGCAGGGAGGUGACAGAUGCUGUACGGGCCACUUUGCCUUGGGAUAAUGAAAGGGAAGCUGAGGGUGAACCCCUUGCAGUCUUUUCUCAGCUUGGAUGCUCCCUGGGAGGGUCAGGGAGUUCCAUAUGUGAUGCCCUGUGAUUUCUGGCCUAUUCUCACACUUCCCUUGAAGAAAGGCUUGGGUCAGCCCACCAUUUCAUGUCUGGACGUAGAACCAUAUGCCUGGCUCACCUCAUAUCUUGGCUGGGUUAACAGACUGUGGGGAGGUAGGGCUUAGAGUGUAAAUGUCUCUGGAGUAGAACUGGUAGUCACGGGCACAGAAUGAAAUGUAUCUGUGGGGCUGAGAUUUAUUCCCUCGGGGCUAAUUGUGGCUUUCACUGGCUCACAUCGAGUAGAGCAGGAAGUGGGGCAGUGUGGAAGGCUGAGGCUCGUGGCUGUUGUGCCAAAUGGGUACCUUGCUGAACCCUCGGAGCAAAGGAAAACAAUGACCACUGAGGCCGAUGGCCCACUCAGCUCCGUGGGCAGCUCCUGCCCUGUUAGAAUCCCUCCAGAGACAGCAGAGUGCAGGCACCACAGGUGCCAGGGCUUUUGUUUUGUAAUGUCUGUGUGCAGCGUCUCAUGAUGUCAGGUCCAGCGGCCUUCCCUCAUCCUCCCUGGGGAAAGAGAGCACACGGAGCUCCAGGGCCCUGUGUCGCCAGGUUCUGCCCGGAGCCCUGAAUCUGAGGUCCCCAGAGCUUCAGCCCUCUGCGCAGAGUGUGUGUUCCCAGCCUGAGUUGUUCUGCUGAGGGUUCUGUUCGGCUUGUUCGCACCAGAUUUUGGUGUGAUCUUUGAUUUUGAGCAAGGACCUUGGAGUGACCUGAAGCACCUUUUAAAUGUCUUUCAUUUGUUUGGAGGGAAUAGGGAAAGGUGUGGAGAGAGUAGACAUGGCCGUAUAGAGGGAGGAAUGGACUUAAGAUGUUACCCAGCCUGGGCUUUGACGACUGGUAGCUCACUGCUGCCCACCUGGAGCCGAUGAGGCCCCAGCCUGGAGAGGCUGGAUGGGUUGAGGUCUAAUUUCUAGAAAACUCCCUUGUUUGCAUUUCUCCCCCCUUGGAAGAAAUCCCAACCCGUUUUCGGUAUAUAGUCUGGGUUAAAUUCUAACCCAGCUUUGUGCUCUUUUGUUUUCUUUUUGUGGUCCAUGCACCCCAUUGGGGGACAGGCCCCAGGUUCCCUGGAGCUCACGUGUGCCCUGGAUAUCCUCUAAGAAGCAGCCCAGCCAGACUGGGCUAGCAACUGAAGCAGGGAGAGUGAGCCUCCAGAGUGAGGAAAGGAGGGCACAGCCAGCAGUUAAGCUGGGAUCGCUCCCUUAUACACUGCCCUGGAUUCCAAUUUGGCUGUUUCUCCAAUCCUGGAGGGGGGAAAGUGUACCAGGUGUGCAUGGUCCUUCUCCUCAGAGGAAUGCUCUUUCCUAGUCCUCUGUUAGUCAGGGUCAUUUUAAGAGUCUUUGAGGUAAUCUUUGCAUGUUAGUGAGAGGGAGAAAAAGUGCCCUUUGGAGAGGAAAAUAGUACAGCCCUCCUCUUCGAUCUAGCACUCUCUCCCCUUCCCCCAUCCCUUCAAGUGGUAUCACCCUAGAAAUACCUAUGCAAUCCAGUCUCCCUGGGGAGGCUGUGCAUGGAGGCAGGGGUAUGUGCAGUGAGUGUAUCAUACUGAUGCUAAGGUAUAUCAAUUGUAUAUACGGACAUAUACAGUACGUAUACAUGCAGAGUAAGAGAGUAAAUCACGUCUAUAUAUCUAUAAAUAAUAUCCUAUAUAUUUAUACAUUUUUUAUGUUUUAAAUAGAUAUAAAAAUAGUCUAUAGAGCUGGAAGGGUGGUGGGGAAGUCUGGUGCUGGGUUGGGCUAGGGGAAGGGGACAGGGCUCUGGAGAGGAGGUAGGAAUGCUCAUCAGAAUAGGUUACUAGCCGCUGAGGGGGGCGUCUUCCUUGGGGUGUUGGAGAGGAGGGCAGCUGUGUUCAGGCUCUCUCCAUGCACUUUCUCUCCUUUCCUGCCAGCAAGGCUGAGGCUGGAAGGAGAUACCCCCGAGCUCCGACUGCAGUACCCCUACCUCCCACCACCGCCAGCCCGCACUUAGCUGGUCAUUGCUGCUUAGCAGUGGGGGGUGGGACUUGGUCCCCGACCCCUAGUGGAGGGACCUCUGCACAAAUUCCCCAAUACCCGCCCCUGUCAGGAAUGAGCAACGUUGAUGGCAAUAGGAAAGGGGCACCUGGGAUGAACAAUUAUCCAGAAAGACGACGACGUCAGCCCCAUUCCCCGGAUGCCUCUGCCCCCCCCCCGGGAGGCCAAGCCUCUAAAGUACAACCGUCCUGGCCACCUUCACCUAUUCAACCACUGUCUCUAGAGCACUGGGAGUUGAGGAGGGCAGCGUGAGCUUUAGGUAGCGCUGCCUUUCCCCAUGCAGAGGCCCCCCCCUGGUGGAAGAGAUGUAUCUGCACACUGACAUUUUCAAUGGCAACUCAAGUUCAGGAGCAGGGCCCUGGCCCACCCGACCCUGCACAGCUGCAGCAGCUGUUGGCUGUACUCAGGACAAUGUUGUCCCCUCUUCCCAAACCAACCAAGCAGCCCAACCUCCUCCUCUGUGACAGCAGGUUUAGGUUUAGUUCACAAACACUGUUCUCAUUCUGUGACCAGAUACCCAAGCCCACUCUUUCUGGGGAGGGUAUCUUCUUCAGCUUGUCCCCAGGCAACACCCCCCCUCAAGCUGGGUGGGGGUGUCUGGGGUCCCUGGGAGUCCCGGCUGCUUGUGCAGCCCAGAUGGGAGUCAGAAGCUCCCAACUCCUCAAUUUCCUUCUCUCUCCUGGAAGCAGAAGGGGUCUGAUGACAGAUCCCUCCCUGCUCUUGAGAGCAGCCUGCCUUUGGGCUACAUAAACACACUCAUUUCUCAUACCGAGCCUUCGCAGGUCUCCCCCUGCUUUUCCUCACCAUCCUACCAACGGACCUCAGUCUCCAGCAGACCAGUCCUGUACCACAGUUGAGACCAGGUCUGCUCUGCCAAUGCCCACCUCCUUGAGCCACAGCUAGCUGCCAACUGGGCUGAACACCUUCUAGUGCCUGGCUCAGUGGAGUUCAGGACCAAUGGCCCAAGCCUUCCUCCAGCUACAGUGGGUCAGAGCUUGGCCAGGGGAUAGGCAUUCUCAGUAGCAAUCCCACAAUGCACUGUACCUCAGAGAGAGAGAACACGCCACAGGGCAUCGAGUGAACCAGCCUCCAUGCAGAGGGGGCAACGGCUCACAAUACUGCUCAGGAGAAGACAAAGGUCAGGCUGUCCUAGGGCACCCCUCAGUCUACCCUUUGGCCUCUCCGGAAGAACCAGUAGUCUUUUUCAGCCCUGAUCUCUCUCCUCCUCUCCACCCCCAAGCUGCUGAACCAUUUUUCAUGUCAAUCACAAAGAAAAAAAAUAAAGUGGGGGUGGGGAGGGAACUCCUAGGAGCCUAUUACCACAUGCAUAUUAAUAUGUUAAUACUUUCUUUAUUAAAAACAAUUCUCAAUGUUAUUAUUUGGCAGACUGUGCUUUAUAGUACCUGUGUGUCGGGGCUAGAACACUGGAUACAAAUAGAGCUAUGCUGGUUUAUAAUCUGUAUGCAGCGUCUUUCCUUUUGUCACAUUAUCCUCGUAAUGUAAGAAGAUUAUUAAUAAAAGCAUUUAAAUUGA